AUGUGGCAGUUCAUAAGGUCACGAAUACUAACGGUGCUAAUCUUCAUUGGGGCUGCUCAUGGAAUACUGGUUGUGGGCCCCAAAUCCAUUCGGGCCAACCAGGAUUAUACGGUGGUGAUCAGUAACUUUAACUCGAAUAUGAGCAAAGUGGACCUGAUGCUACGAAUCACCGGCCACAGCGAUAAUCGUUCAAGCAUUCUGGACUUAACGAAGACGGUUGAUGUACGACGGAACAUGAACAGGAUGAUCACUUUCAAUAUGCCUGUGGACUUAUCAGCUGGGAAUUAUAAAAUCACCAUCGACGGUCAGCGUGGCUUUAGCUUUCACAAGGAAGCCGAAUUGGUACACUUUAGCAAAACCAUAGCCGGUUUAAUACAGAUCGAUAAGCCCGUGUACAAACCAGGCGAUACGGUAAAAUUUCGUGUGAUUGUGCUGGACUCUGAGCUGAAGCCACCUGCACGGGUAAAAUCAAUCCAUGUGACAAUCAGUGAUCCUCAAAAAAAUGUGAUCAGGAAGUGGUCGACAGCCAAACUGUUCGUCGGAGUGUUUGAGAGUGAUCUUCAGAUCGCGCCUACUCCAAUGCUCGGAAUGUGGAACAUCUCGGUAAAGAUAGACGGGGAAGAAAUCGUAUCAAAAACGUUCGAGGUGAAGGAAUAUGUGUUGUCCUCGUUUGACGUAGAGGUAGUACCGUCUGUCGUUCCUCUGGAGAAGGAUCAAAGUUUGACUCUGAAGAUAGAGGCUAACUACCAUUUUGGAAAACCGGUAAAGGGAGUUGCUAAGUUUGAGGUGUACUUGAGAAAUGGUUUUCUGGACCAGAAGCAUCAGUUUGAAGUGAAUGGGAAGAGGCAAGUGGAGCUGCGUUUCAAAAAUUACUUCGAAGUACUCGCAGAUCGGCAAGACGUGCUUGUAAAGACGACAUUUAUCGAGCAGACUACAAAUCGCACUGUCGUGAAACAAUCUCACAUCACAGUGUACAAAUAUAAGUACGGUGUGCAAUUGAUUAAGGACAGUCCACAAUUUCGGCCAGGACUUCCUUUUAAGUGUGCGCUUCAGUUCCGAUACCAUGAUGGAACACCUGCUGAAGGUAUCACCGGUAACGUGGAAGUGUCGGAUAUUGAUUACGGAACAACUGCCACUAGUGACGAUGGAGGUUUGAUAAAACUGGAGCUCAAUCCAAGUGACAAUAUAGACGUGAUGAAUAUCAACUUUUCUGACGAUGACAACGGUUUCUUCUUUGACGCUGUUGUGGAAAAAGUGGACGUCGUGACGAAUGCGUACCUCAAAUUGGAACUAAAGUCUCCUGUCAAAUUGAAUCACAUGUUGCGACUAAUGGUUACUUGCAAUGAACAAAUGACAUUCUUAGUGUACUACAUAAUGUCGAAGGGCAAUAUAAUUGAUUCCGGUUUCAUGCGUGCGAGCAAUCAGAAAAGAUUUUCCUUACAGCUGAAUGCCACGGAGAAGAUGAUACCCAAGUCGAAAAUAAUAGUUGCGACCAUAAUUAGCAGUACGGUAGUGCACGGAUUUGUGGACAUCGAUUUCAAAACUUUUCGUAACGAUCUUUUUCUGAGUACAGAUGAAGAGGAAGUAAAGCCAGGACAACAAAUCGAGCUUCGCUUGUCUGGACAUCCUGGAGCGUAUGUAGGAUUGGCUGCCUACGACAAAGGUUUGUUGUACUACAAACCGAACCAUGAUCUAUUCUGGGAGGACGCUAUGCAAGUCUUUGAAGGGUUUCAUGAGGUUGUUGAAGAUAAAUUGGAGAUGUUUCAUAGCACAGGACUGUUCGGUAUGAUACCAGAUGACAUCGUGUUUCAUAUAGCACAAUUUAAGUCAGAACGAAAUGGCAGACCGAUGAGCAAUCCGACCUUCAAACCUGUCGCAUACCGGACAAUCUUUCCGGAAUCGUGGUUGUGGCAAAAUGUGACCAUUGGCAGGUCCGGAACGCGCACGUUAAUCGAGUCAGUACCAGAUUCGAUCACUUCCUGGUACUUGACGGGAUUCUCCAUUGAUCCGGAAUACGGUUUUGGCAUCAUUAAAAAACCCAUCCAGUUCACAACGAUUCAGCCAUUCUACAUCGGGGAGAGUCUACCGUACUCCAUCAAACGAGGCGAGGCAGUCUUGUUGCAGUUUACAUUGUUUAACAAUCUUGGAGGAGAGUACAUCGCUGAUGUUACGUUGUACAAUGUGGCUAAUCAGACGGAAUUCAUUGGACGACCUCUGGGAGAUCUAAGCUACACUAAAUCAUUAAGUGUUCCUCCGAAUGUUGGUGUACCUGUUUGGUUUCUGGUAAAGGCACGAAAGCUUGGAGAGAUGGUGGUACGGAUUAAGGCAUCGAUUAACACUGUCCAAGAAACGGACGCACUGGAGAAGGUGAUCCGAGUAAUGCCAGAAAGUUUGGUACAGAAAAAGAUGGAAUCCCGGUUCUUCUGCUUUGAUACAUACACCAAUCAAACCUUCUUGAUGAAUUUGUACAUCAACUUGCAGGCCAAUAGGGGUUCUAAAAAGAUUGUGUUUCGACUGUAUCCCAAUCUGCUUACCACUGUAAUCGAUAACUUGAAUUAUCUACUUGCCGUUCCGUCUGGUAAUGGCGAGGAGAAUAUGGUAAGCUUUGUUCCAAACAUAAUGAUACUCGACUACUCGCAUGCCAUUGGAUCGAAGGAACAGAAUCUGAUUAAGGAGGCAUUGCAUCUGUCCCAACAAGGCUAUCAAAAUCAGAUGCGCUAUCGUCAGGCAGAUGGUUCGUUUGGUGUAUGGCAAAAUGGUGGCAGCGUGUUUCUUACCGCCUUCGUUGCAAAGUCAAUGCAAACGGCGUCCAAGUACAUAUGGGAAAUAGAUCCGGUUGUGAUUGAGCGGGCCUAUGAUUGGCUUGCUAUGAAUCAGCACUAUACGGGAAGGUUUGAUGAAGUUGGCUACGUAAUGUACACGCAUGGUGGUUUGCGUAACGGCAUCACACUGACAUCUUACGUGGUGACUGCACUGCUAGAGCAUGAGAACGCCAAGGUGAAGCACGCGGUUGUGAUUCAAAAUGCCAUGACAUAUAUAAGCCACCACUUAGAAUCCAUAGAUAACCCUUACGAUUUGUCCAUAGCGACCUAUGCGCUGAUGUUGAAUGGGCACAGCAUGAAGGAUAAGGCAUUCAAAAGACUCGUGGACAUGUCUAUCAGCACUAAUGACGGCAAAGAACAGUAUUGGGCCACGGCAAAUAGCAUCGAGACUACUGCUUACGCGUUGUUGUCAUUUGUGGUUGCAGAGAAGUAUGUGGGCGGUAUUCCACUAAUGCGUUGGUUGGUGAACCACGUUACCGGAAGCUUCCCGCGCACUCAAGGCACCUUCGUGGCACUGAAGGCACUGACAAAGUUGGCGGAAAAAAUAUCUCCCCAUCGAAAUGGUUACGUCGUACACUUGAAAUAUAAAAAGACUACUCAAACUUUCCACAUAAACUCGCAAAAUAUCAACAUUAUCAACUUCGAGGAUAUACCGGAGGACACAAAGUCGAUGGAGAUCAACGUCGAAGGUAUUGGGGUAGGAUUGCUAGUGGUGGCGUAUCAGUACAGUUUAAAUAUCGUAAACUCCGAGAACGGAUUCCAGCUAGAUGUGGCGAAUCCGAACCUGGGUUCCGACAACGUGCUGCAGUUGCAGGUGUGUGCUAGCUUCAUCCCCAAUAAAUUAAGCAGUCGUUCGAACAGGACACUGAUUGAGGUAAACUUUUCCGGCGGGUACGUUGUUGAUCGGAUUUCGAUCGAUUCAUACUGGAAUCCAAUACAGUAUGUCGACAUUAGGCACACUUUCGUUGUUGUGUAUUACCACAGUAUGGGCGUCGAAAGGAACUGCUUCACUGCGACUGCUUAUAGACAGGGCAAUGAAGCUAUGAAGCGCCCAGCAUAUGUGAUCGUUUCUGAUUAUUACAACCCAAAUUUCUAUGCCGUUAAAUUGUUCAACGAAAGCGCAUAA